AUGGAUGAAAACGGUUCAGUAAAGCCUGGCUAUGGACUGAAGGGACUCAAUUCGGGAAAUUCGAGGUCGAAAAUGGAUAAGGAUCCCAUCAUUAGUAAAUUUCAUAGGGCUGGUCUCAAUGAUCCUGCAGACGAGGAAGAUAAUGAUGUCGAUGGUAAUCGCAACACUAGCUGGAUAACAUCAAUGAUUAGUGACGAAAGACAUAAGGUGGAGGGAAAGUUUAUGGUGGAUGACGGGGAAGAUUUGCAUUUAUGCAAGACCACUUUGAACAAAUGUGAUGCUCUAGUGAAGAUAUUAACGGAUAUAAUUAAGUUAGAGUUUGUCAUUCAUCAAUCAUGGUAUAUCAGAUCCCUGUAUAAAGGUGUCUUAAUUCAAUUUGAAGUAGAAAUAUCCGGUGGAAAUAGGAAUAACGCCGGCGAUAGUGGUGGCAAUGAUGAUAACCACAACAGUAACCAGGACGACAGCUUUUAUAAGGACUUAAGCUUAAAAUGCAUCAAAAAAUGUGAGAAGUCUUCCCUUGCACUUGAGUCGCUGUCAAGAGACAUUGACAAGAUAAGAGAUUUCAUAAUGUCCAACACGAUAGAAGAAAAUAGGGUUGACAGGCUUUUGCAAAAUUCGAUGACCUUAUUAUUGGAAUGUUGGAUCUACUCUAUGAAGCGAUUACGCCGUCUAAGGAUGAAGAUUGCAGGCAUCUUUGUUAGGUCCAAGCUUUUGCUUAUUGAUCAUGAAUUAGUAACCAUAUGGCAUUUUUUACAGGAGCAAAACGAGCACGAAACGGUAAAUAAUGAGAACGAACUAAAAUUAGCAGAGACAAUAAAAUCAUACAGAGCGUUCAUUAAGAUAUUCAUUCAACAAUUGGAAGACUCCGAAGCGGGAUCUCCAUCUUCCUCUCUGUUUGAAGAAUGCUUACACGUUUUUUUGGAUAUCGAAUCGAUGUACAACUCUUUAAACCUAAAUUGGCUAUUGAAUGAAAACAAAGCAUUGCAAGAAAGACUAAUGUCAUCAUCGUCAACAUCGGAAAGCGAACAUGCUAAGAGUCUUCCUGUUAUUGACGAGACAAAGGAGAUUGAAGAUAUCAGCUCAUUUGUCAAUAGCAUUGUGGAUGCAUCCAUGUUGACACAUGAUUUGACUCCAAUCAAUUCAUCGGACAGUGACAAUUUGUCAAAUGGAGAAAUUGACCGUCUAGAUGGAAGAAGAUUAUCCUCCUCUACUUCAGAUAUGUCAUUGAUGAUGCAAAGGACAUCGCUACAGAAACAACUUCCUACCCUGUUAACCGCCUUUAAUAACGCAAGAAGACUAGAACAAGAAUUGCAGAAUGCAUGCAAAGUAGAUGAUAACAAAAAUAGCACCGAAGAUACUGAUUCAAGUGUACGACAGAACGAACAUGCUAUGUCUUCAAGUGUAUCCUCCAUAAUAUCCCAAAACUCUACAUUAGCAUCACCGUCUCCUCCGUUGUCAUCGUCCUUUAUAUCUACUACAUCCUCACAAUCAAGUUCUCGUAUGGCCACAUUGCCACUGUCUUCUUCAUCUUCAUUAUUGGAAACGCAAUCACAAACGCUGAAGAACAACAUGUCGCAAUGGUUGAACCAAUCGCGGUCUGGCCUCAACGGUACAAAACUUAUACCAACAAACCACAUUGGCUUUCAUAGUAAUGUUCUGAAUACUUUGUACGGUAUCGGUGGUGGUCCAACAUCCAGAUCCUACAAAUCUACUCAACCCUCUUCACAAAACACAUGA